GUGACAGACAAAACAUGUCUGACGCAUGUCACUUGUCACCAAUGAAUAAAGAAUACAGUCACAUAUGAAAACAGAAAACAUCUGAAAACACAUCUGAUCAUAAAAACUGGAAAAUUGAAUAAAUGAAAGUAUUGUUUUAGAAAUCCAUCGUCCACAUCUCCUUAAAAAAUGUUUAGAAGUGAUGACAAUAAUAUGGAAUUCGUAUAUUUAGCGAAGGCCCUUCCAGCAACAUCCUCUUCCACAACUGUUAACAAAGGAAAAUGUGAUUCUGCUUGAUUUUAAAUAAAUAUCUCUCGCUCACAGUAAUGGCCGAAAUAAAUUCUCGUCAAUUUGGCGAUUCGUUAUUUCGUGAGAUACACAAAAACAGUUGGUUAACGAGAUAUUGUACUAAGGAUUUACGAAAGAAGAAGGAACGUGUUUGGACUGUUUUUUGUGUCCAUGAUGAUGUCGAAGCAUAUUUAGAAACUUACAUAGACUGUAAAGCAGCUGUUUCGCAUAAGCCCGAUCAAUUUAUAGCUUUAAAUGAUACAAAACACAUCUCUCCUACGAUCUGUCCUCGUGAUCAAGAAUUCGAAUUUGUAAUUAGUUUAACGACUGAUGUAGUACGUUUAGCGGCACCUACGUGGGAGUUGAUGUUAGACUGGGUAGAAAGCAUUAGAGGGAAACUGUACGAUUUACGAAUAUUGAGCCCGGGAGAGAACUUGUAUAGUAAAUUACCAGAGCCACGUAGUGCACCGUUACUUCCUACACGAGAUCCAACAUCACCCCUACCACUUCCCCCUUUAGCAGCUAUUGCCUUACCACCUGGUGUAGAACCGUUACAGGUGGUGCCCGAGUCUUCUACUUCAAGAUCCCACCCUGUCCUCCAAAGGGGAAUGUCUCUUCCAGAAAGAACUGACGCAUGUUCCUUAGAAGCGACUUCAAUUAAUGUUAAUAAUUAUCCGCCUGGAGAGAUAUUUAGGUUUGAUCUUAGCGAUAUUGACAAUGCCGUCCAGAGUAACUUGAGCUUAAAUCAUCCACCAACUGAGAAUACUCAUUAUGAACAAGUCUUUCAAAUGAGACACUCUCCAGGUCCAUCGAGCAGACAAGUAAGAGUUCAAAGAUCAAAUAGCUCACCUCGAAGAUUGCAACCACCACCUCAGCCUUAUAGAACCUUAAGGGAACAGCAAGUGUUGGAGUUGCAGAAAGAAAUGAAACAUGCUGCGGGAGUGCGAUUACAAAUUAGGAAGAAAGAUUGUAUUAGUUCGAUCGCUUUGGGUCACGCGUUCGGUGGUGUUUGGGUUUGUGGUUGGAAGCAGAAGGAGCAUCCCAUGCUGUAUAAUUUUCUCCAUAUAGGGGAUCAAUUAAUUAGUAUCGAAGGUGUGGAAGUGCAUUCUCCGAGCGAUGCGCACAAAAUUUUACGUUCGACAAGUUGUGGACUUUAUGUUAAUAUGAUAAUCAAACGAGUUCCCUAUGGAAAAGUGCUUGUAAUAUGUCGUGAAUUGGAAGGUCAGUCUCUAGGUAUAAUUCAGGAAGGCAAUACAGCUGUGAUACAGUCUAUCGUCCCUGGUAGUUUAGCAGCCAUUUACGGGUUGCCUUCUAAAGCGCCUACAUGUGAUAACUUGUCUCUCACUAAUUGGGUUUUAACCGAAAUUAACGGUCGUCCUUUGAAUUUGUUCUUUAAAGAAAACCAAGUGAGAGAUCGUUUGAAUUCCGUCGGUCGUGAUAUCUCUAUUUUAGUACAGCCCUUAGAUUUAGUUAAGCAACUUAAAAAGCAAUUGAAGUCCAUUAGAAAUUACAAAGAUUACAUUUUGCAAUAAUAGAAUUAAUUGUUAUAUAUAAUUAACUGCUCUGUAUCUAAUUGCUCUCUGGUUCAAAACGGUUGAAGACUAAUUUUCAAUUAUGAAGCCUGAUUAUUGUUAUACAAUCCCCUUAAUUAAUCUAGCACUAUUUGGUAUAAUUUGUUAAGUGUGAUUUGCUUGUUUUGUUAUUAAUUUUGUGUUUUUAAGCAGGCGGAAUUUCAGCCAAGGCUGCUCUACCAAUCCAACGUACUUCAUUUAAUAAUUCGAGCAAAUAAAACCUUGACAAUCUUUUCGGGGGGAUUUUCUAUGUCUACUUUUAUAUGAUAAAAAGUCUCCUUGUUUCUAACCGCAUUGAUGUCAAAUUGACAUAUGAUUAAAUUGAAGUAUUAAAACAGAACAUAAUCCCCUUGUGCUGUCAUUGUUACGUU